AUGGAGAUCACUGUGGAUGGCUGUAAGCUCAAUAUAAACCUGAGCCAGAGCUAUGUCAAUCUCAAUAACCCCUCCUGCCAGAGGCUGAGAGCCAGAGAUGGGCAACCUUCUCCUGAUGGCUUCCACCCUAAUGGAAAGAAUCUGGAUACCAACAGAUGGACCAAUCCUAUGUCUACCUCUAUGUUUAGAACCUGCAAGGAAAUCAAGCAGAAGGUCAUUGGGGCACGAGAUGGCCUGUAUUUCCUCUGUACAAAGAAUGGUGUCAUCUACCAGACCUUCUGUGACAUGACCACUGCAGGUGGUGGCUGGACCCUGGUAGCCAGUGUGCAUGAGAACAACAUGGGUGGGAAGUGCACAGUGGGCGAUCGCUGGUCCAGUCAGCAAGGCAGCAGAAUCGAUUACCCAGAGGGGGAUGGCAACUGGGCCAACUACAAUACCUUUGGGUCUGCAGAGGGGGCCACAAGUGAUGACUACAAGAACCCUGGCUACUUCGACAUUCAAGCUGAGAACCUGGGUAUCUGGCAUGUGCCCAACAAGAGCCCUCUGAAAAAUUGGAAGGAGAGCUCCCUGCUGAGGUACCGCACCUUCAAUGGCUUCCUGCAGCACCUGGGCCAUAAUCUGUUUGGCCUGUACCAGAAGUACCCGGUGAAAUAUGGAGCUGGGAAGUGUUGGACUGACAAUGGCCCAGCAAUACCUGUGGUCUAUGACUUUGGUGAUGCUCAGAAGACAGCCUCUUAUUACUCCCCCCUUGGCCGGAAUGAAUUCACCGCAGGAUACAUCCAAUUCAGAGUGUUUAAUAAUGAGAGAGCAGCCAAUGCCUUGUGUGCUGGAAUGAGGGUCACUGGAUGUAACACUGAGCAUCACUGCAUUGGUGGAGGAGGAUUCUUCCCAGAAGGUAACCCUGUGCAGUGUGGAGACUUCUCUUCAUUUGAUUGGAAUGGAUAUGGAACUCACGUUGGGUACAGCAAUAGCCGGGAGAUAACCGAAGCAGCCGUGCUUCUGUUCUAUCGUUGAGAACUUUAUGGUGUGGGACCCAGUCAUCUCCUCCAGUCUGUGGACUCACAUUCAUGGAGGAAAACUCACCUAGUAACUAGAAUGCUAAUGACACA